UGCGCAUGCGCAUUUUCAUUUUAGAUCGACGGGCACAUGUUUGAUCAACUGUAUUCAUAGCCUAAAACAUUAGCCUGUUCUGUUUCUUUUCGUCUUAAAAGUUAUUUUUGAAGAACUCUAUCAAAAUGACUUCAGAAGGAAAGAAGCUACCCUAUAAGAUAGCUAACCUGGAGCUGGCUGACUUUGGUCGGAAAGAAAUCGAGUUGGCAGAAGCUGAAAUGCCUGGACUCAUGCGUAUGCGCCGCCUGUAUGGAGAAGAAAAGCCAUUGAGUGGUGCAAGGAUUGCAGGCUGCCUUCAUAUGACCAUCCAAACAGCUGUAUUAAUGGAAUCUCUAAUUGACUUGGGAGCGGAGGUUCAAUGGAGUUCUUGCAAUAUUUUCUCAACUCAAGACCAUGCAGCUGCUGCAAUGGCAAAACGUGGCAUAGCUGUUUAUGCUUGGAAAGGGGAAACUGACGAGGAAUAUGUUUGGUGCGUUGAUCAAACAAUCUUUUGGCCAGACGGGAAACCGCUAAAUAUGAUCCUUGAUGAUGGAGGAGAUUUAACAAACCUAGUGCAUACAAAGUAUCCGGAACUCUUGGGAGGUAUCAAAGGGAUUACUGAAGAGACAACUACUGGAGUGGCAAACUUGUACAAGAUGUUCAAGAAAGACGCUUUGAAAGCUCCAGCCAUUAAUGUAAACAACUCUGUAACAAAGAGCAAGUUUGACAAUCUGUACGGAUGCCGUGAAUCUCUUGUGGAUGGCAUUAAGAGAGCUACAGACGUCAUGUUGGCUGGAAAGGUGUGUGUGGUAGCUGGCUAUGGAGACGUGGGCAAAGGAAGUGCAAGGAGUUUGACGGCCUUCGGUGCUAGAGUUAUCAUUACUGAAAUUGAUCCUAUCAAUGCUCUCCAAGCUGCAAUGGAAGGUUAUGAAGUGACCACAUUGGAAGAAGCAGUGGAACGUGCUAGCAUCUUUGUGACUGCUUCUGGGUGCUGUGAUAUUCUUCGGCCAGAGCAUUUUGUCAAAAUGAGGGACAAUGCCAUUUGUUGCAACAUAGGCCACUUUGACUGUGAGGUUGAUGUUGCUUGGCUGGAUACAAACUGUGAGAAGACAACCAUCAAGCCACAGGUUGAUCGUUACACUCUCCCAAAUGGAAACCACAUUAUACUGCUAGCACAGGGCAGGUUGGUGAACCUUGGAUGCGCUACAGGUCAUCCCAGUUUUGUUAUGAGCAACUCGUUCACCAACCAAGUACUCGCACAGAUCGAGCUGUGGACAAAGUCUGAGAAUUAUCCUGUUGGAGUGUACAUUCUUCCUAAAAAGCUUGAUGAGGAAGUGGCUAGAGCUCACCUUGACCACCUAGGAGUGAAGUUAACUGCCUUGAAUGACAAGCAGUCUGAGUACACUGGUAUAAACAAAGAAGGUCCCUUCAAACCAGACUACUACCGAUACUAGAACAUUUUGUCAGAUGAACCGAUAACUGUUGAACUAAAAUUAGAAGUUUGUUUGCUAGAAUAAUUAUAAUAAGUUAUUUCUUUCUCUGCAUAAA